CAUCUUUUGAACCAAUGGGAAUUAAGCUGUGCGGUAGUAGGCGAGACCUCCUGUGUUUAAUGUCUCCUUAACAACCGAACAGAAACAGGGGAAGUUUUCGGAGGAGAAACGCCUCGAGUCGGAAUGGCAGGGACUGGAGAGGCAAAGAAAGAGGAGGCCGACUACAAGAGGCUGCACAGCUUCCCUCUCAUCAGGCACACAGACAUGCCAGAGGAAAUGCGAGUAGAGACGAUGGAGCUCUGUGUGACGGCCUGCGAGAAGUUUGCCACCAACAAUGAAAGUGCAGCGAAGAUGAUCAAAGAGUCGAUGGAUAAGAAGUUCGGCAGCUCGUGGCACGUUGUGAUUGGGGAGGGUUUCGGCUUCGAGGUGACCCACGAGGUGAAGAACCUGCUCUACAUGUUCUUCGGGGGGAGUCUGGCUGUGUGUGUGUGGAAGUGCUCGUAGCACCUCCCACCCCCCACCCCCCUCUGACACUGGCCGGACGACGCUACACACCAGCCCAUAAUAACCCGCCGUCUGGAGAGCUUGUUUGGGAGGCGGGGGCACAGUCUGAAGGAAUUAAAAAGGCAUAGCGCGUGUUUGUGCCGCUCCUCUUUGUUCCUCCGUCCGUCUCUGAAGCCACAGGACUCUGAGCUGCAUGUGUCCACCUGUCCCUCCAGCAGGGUCUCCACUGUCCUGCUCAGUCCUCUUCAGGGAGUGUGUGUGUGUGUGUGUGUGUGUGUGUGUGUGUGUGUGUGUGUGUGUGUGUGUGUGUGUGUGUGUGUGUGUGUGUGUGUGUGUGUGUGUGUGUGUGUGUGUGUGUGUGUGUGUGUGUGUGUGUGUGUGUGUGUGUGUGUGUGUGUGUGUGUGUGUGUGUGUGCUGGACACACACUGUUUUUUUUAAGAUAACAUUUCAUCUGCACCUUCCUCCACAGUUUGUAAACUGUCCGCGGCACACACCCCCCCCCCACCCUCCAACAGCACUAGUGUUUCAAUACAGUUUGUAAUAUUUUUUAUGUGUACAUAUUUUGAUGCGACUUGUUUUUACAGAGCAGAGCGGUGGACUCUGCAGAUCCAGACUGACUGACACUAACCCUGGUUUGACCCUGUAACCCCCCCCCCCGCUGCAGGGGGGGACUCACUGUGUGAUUGUUAACGUUCCUCUGACGGACCGUGUGGACUCACCUGAUUGUACAAUAAACUCUGACGUCUGUGGGAGAAGUCAACUUUAUUUUA